GAAAAAGUGUAUAUCAUCAUGCUGGUCAGCUCCAGAAUAUUCCCCCUCCCUUCUCUAACCUCAACUCUCCCCAACUUCACCGAAGCUUCGCCUUACUCAACAACGCUAAUUGCCCACAAUUUUAUCCCCUGGAGGAGCAGGAAGGAAGCAUGGACCCCACGCACCGUGAUCAAGGUCUCUUCCUCCUCGUCAUCAUCACCGUUGGACAAUCAGACGGCUGUCAUCGUUCCAUCACAAUCACAGGACGAUGCGACGGAGGUCGUUACGAGGUUCUACGCAGGAAUCAACGCCCGAGAUCUGGCAUCGGUAGAGCCCUUAAUUGCGGAGAAAUGCGUGUACGAGGACCUUAUCUUUCCUCGUCCAUUCGUUGGUCGCAAGGCAAUUUUAGACUUCUUUAAAAGUUUCAUUGAUUCUAUAAGCAUGGACCUCCAAUUUGUUAUUGAUGAUAUCUCUGCUGAGGAUUCAUGUGCUGUUGGAGUUGCUUGGCAUUUAGAAUGGAAGGGAAGGGCUUUCCCUUUUAGCAAAGGUUGCAGCUUUUAUAGGCUAGAGAUGGUGGAUGGCAAAAGACAAAUAAUUUAUGGACGAGACGUUGUUGAACCUGCAAUCAAACCUGGGGAGGCAGCUUUGGGUGCCAUCAGGGCUGUAACAUGGCUGUUGAAACAAUUUCCUCAGUUGGCAGAUCAGCUAUGAAGGAAGCUAUGCUGGAGUAUGAACAUUUAAUUAAUAGGUUAGAUUCUGUUAGCGCUGAAUAAAAAGUUGAUAUAUCUUGUACAAAAUCCAUGUAAUAACAGGUUAACUGUAAGGAAAUCUACCACAAGACAAUAAGUCUCAAAAGGAUCUUGUAUUUGUCUAUAAAAUAGAAAAUUUACACCCUCCAAGACCUUCCUGCCUUGGACCUUAUAUUCUAUUCAUGUUUUUCAUUUUAAAUUGAUUUGUUU